AUGAUCCCAGAUGCCAGCUUCGUCGAGCUCUCUUCACGACUCCGUGACGCCAUUUAUAUGCACACACUAUACACUACACCACUGCCUCCCUUCAAAGGCACCCAAAAAGCACCACAUGCAGCAGCUCUUUGCUCACAAUCGGUCCUCAAAGUCGCCAAAGGCGUGGAAAAUGCUCCGACCUGUAAAAUCAGUGCCACAUACCGCUCACAUUCUAAGGCGAUGGGAUUCGAUUUCUAUGUUUUCUAUAAUAAUGAGCUCAAAUGUGGAAUAGCCGUUUAA